UUAGAUAUGGUUACUGCAAACUCUUCCUCAGUGACUGACUUUAUCCUGGAAGGACUGACACAGUGCCCAGAGCUUCAGCUGCCACUCUUUCUCCUGUUCCUCCUGAUAUAUGUGGUCUCUGUGGUUGGGAACCUGGGCAUGAUUCUCCUAAUUGCAGUCAGCUCUCAACUUCAUUCUCCGAUGUAUUUCUUUCUCAGCCAUCUGUCGUUCAUUGAUCUCUGCUACUCUACUGUCAUCACCCCAAAGAUGCUGGUGAACUUUGUGUCAGAGGAAAACUCCAUUUCCUUUCUGGAGUGCAUGACUCAACUUUAUUUCUUCCUCAUUUUUGUAAUAGCAGAAGGUUACCUUUUGACAGCCAUGGCUUAUGACCGCUAUGUAGCUAUCUGUAGCCCCUUGCUCUACAACAUCGUCAUGUCCCAUAAGGUCUGCUACAUAAUGAUGGUGGUGGUAUAUUCACUGGGGUUUUUUGGGGCCACAGUUCAUACUACCCGUAUGUCUAUGUUGUCCUUCUGUGGAUCUCACAUAGUCCGCCAUUAUUUUUGUGACAUUCUCCCCUUGUUAACUCUCUCUUGUUCCAGCACCCACAUCAAUGAGAUCCUACUGUUUAUUAUUGGGGGAGUCAAUACCUUAGCACCUACGCUGGCUGUGCUCAUCUCAUAUGUCUUCAUUGUCUCAAGCAUCCUCCGAAUUCGCUCUACUGAGGGUCGCUCCAAAGCCUUCAGCACUUGCAGCUCCCAUCUCCUGGCUGUGGGGAUCUUUUUUGGGUCUAUAACAUUCAUGUAUUUUAAGCCCCCUUCUAGCAAUACAAUGGAACAGGAGAAGGUAUCCUCAGUGUUUUACACAACAGUGAUCCCCAUGCUGAACCCCUUGAUCUACAGCCUGAGAAACAAGGAUGUGAAGAAUGCCCUGCGGAAGACACUUUUGGGAAGAUCAUCAUCCUGA